AUGGAGUCGCAAAGACUGUUCCGCUUUCCUAUAUUGCGCUUCCCCAACACGCAGGCCGCAAAGGCCGCGGCCAUCUACAUUUCAGGAGCACUAUAUGCCAUUGGCUUCUGGGCGAUGGUGGACGCCUCCAUCUUCUCCAAAACAGUCAACGCCUCCGUGGUCCACGUCACCUUUGUGGACUGGAUUCCUUUCAUUUGCAGCACCCUGGGUACUAUAACUGUGAAUAUGAUCGACAAGAAGCAACUAAUGGCGUCGGACAGCUUUGGCAGCGGCUCUAUCAGAUGGCAGGCUCGUCUGGUGCUGUUCAUCGGAUGCACCCUCUUAGCUGUGGGAAUGUCGGGGAGUGCUCUAUUGGUCAUUUUGAAAUACGUGGUCAAAGGCUACACAUCCAUGCCCACGCUGGGAAUGGCAUUGGAGAACAUUUACGCAACGGGAAGCAUCACGCUGAGCUGUAUUAUUUUAUGGGUCGUCCAAAACGUGGAAGAGGACUAUAAUUAUUCGUUGGCGUUGUAA